AUGCCCCAACACCUCGAGAUGCCUUCUCAUGAGCUCCAGUUUAUUCUCAGCACACCAAGCGCCCCUGGUCAAAAAGACCCGCAAAAAAAGGUUGCCCGCUCACACGCAGCCCGGUCGGCCCACGCCAAGGCACGGCGCCUACGAACCCUCGAGCAUCAGGCCCAGAAGAACCGUCAAGAUCCCAGUCUGUUUAGUGCAUGGACUGGAUGUGGGCUGAUAACCCCACUGUCGGCGAGCCGGAGAGAUUCGUUUGCGAGCUUCGCACUACCACUCAAGCCCAUCGAAGAACGCCUGUUCGACCACUAUGUCACCGUAGUCGUUCCCCUCAUGCGCUGCAAUGCGUUCGACGAGCACUUUACGGAGCGAAUGAUGCAUGGCUGGGUCCCGCUUGCCGUCGCUGAACAGAGCCUCUUGUACAUCAUAUUUCUUGCCUCGUGUCGGACACUGGCCAAUCAAUACACGGAUCGGCCGGAACAGAAAUUGUUCAACCGGCUGGCUUUCCAGUACAAGCUCGUGAUCCUACGGUCGCUACGGGAGUCAAUUACGACUGAAGCACCUCGGUUUAGCGACACGACCGUGUCCAAAGCGUUGAUGCUGGCUUAUGAUGAGAUGCUAAAGCAGCACGUCCAAGGGGCUGUUCAGAUGGUUAACCUGAAUGGCGGGCCACAAACACUGGGACUGGAUGGCUUGAUGGCUCGUCUUCUUUCCAAUUUGCUCAACAAAGUAAUUAUAGAGCUGGGAGUCCCAGUCAGAGUUCCCUGGAAUAUCACGCCUGUUCAAUAG